GUGACGUCAUCUCUUCCUCAUAACCUCCAUCUUUCAGCGGCGCAUGUGUGUGUUUGUGUGUGGACGUCUGAGCAGGUGAGAACAUGAAUCAAGAGAAACUGGCAAAACUUCAAGCCCAGGUCCGGAUAGGUGGAAAGGGCUCUGCGCGCAGAAAGAAGAAGGUGGUUCACAGAACUGCAACAGCUGAUGACAAAAAGCUUCAGAGUUCAUUAAAGAAAUUGGCUGUCAACAAUAUUGCUGGAAUUGAGGAGGUGAACAUGAUCAAGGACGACGGGACUGUGAUCCACUUCAACAACCCCAAAGUUCAGGCCUCUCUGUCCGCCAACACCUUCGCCAUCACGGGCCACGCUGAGACCAAGCAGCUGACGGAGAUGCUUCCGGGCAUCCUCAGUCAGCUGGGGGCGGACAGCCUCAGCAGCCUGCGCAAACUGGCAGAACAGUUCCCACGGCAAGCUCUCGACAGCAAGGCUCCAAAGGCAGAGGACAUUGAGGAAGAGGACGAUGAUGUUCCAGAUCUGGUGGAGAACUUCGAUGAAGCCUCAAAGAACGAGGCAAACUGACGCACAUGAGGUUCAUGCGCAGGUGGACUGGACUGCAAUGAAACGAGAGACCCCUGCUCCAGUGUUUUUAAGUCUAGUUAUCCAGACAUAUCAGACACUAUCCCCACAAAACAAGAGACUUUUAUACUUUACAAUGGCCCAAGGACGUCCUCCUCAGACUGGCUUGUGCACUUAUAAAAGAAAUAGUCCCUCCUGGUAAACGGUUAAAGCCCUUCACCACAUUGUCAGUCAUGGUCAGGAUUACAGUGGUCAUUAAAACUAGUCUUAAGAUUUUUUUUUUGUUUGUUUAUGAAACAAAAUAAAAGUGAUUUAACAUUU